GAGAGACAGCAGAUGAGACAGCAGAUGAGACAGCAGAUGAGACAGCAGAUGAGAGAUCUGAGAGCGCAUAGGAAAAAUCCAGCUGAGGAGCAACUAACUGAUAGUCUGAGAAGAGAGACAGUCAGCAGCAGAGGACGGCCCCGUCACCCAGGACAAUGUCACCUACGGGGGGUCUCUUCCUUCUUCUCCUUGUGUGGCCCUACAGCACAGGUCUUCCUGUAUCCAGUCAGGGGCCCCUGAUGGACCUGAGGUACGGAUGGUCUAAUGUCACCUGCACCACGUGCAAAGCUCUGGUCACUGCCCUGGACAUCAGCCUGCAGGUGGAGAGUAACAUGGACCUGGUGGCUGAGGUCGCAGUGAAGGUUUGUCGGACGCUGCAUCUCGCAGAAUCGGGCAUCUGUCAGCAGGUGGUGCAGCUCUUUAAGCGGGAUGUAAUCACUUCCUGGGUGCUGUCGGUGCUGCGCCCCUCGGAGAUCUGUGGGCUUCUCCUGGGCACAGACUGUGGACACUGGGACAUCGGCUCAGACUGGAAUAUUACCCUCCCGCCUGUGCCCAAACCUCCGGUUUACCCCCCUGUGCCACCUCAGCCGGGGGCUCCUGUCUCGCGAGUGCUGUUCCUCACAGACAUUCACUGGGACCACGGCUAUUCCCCUGGGGCCCCUGCCAUCUGCAAGGAGCCACUGUGCUGCCGCAACCAUUCCACAUCAACAGGUCAGAAUCCCUCGGGAUAUUGGGGGGAUUACGGCAUCUGCGACCUCCCACUACACACCAUCGAGUCUCUCCUCCGGCAUGUCGCCACUAGUGGACGGUUUGACCGGGUGUACUGGACGGGUGAUAUACCCGCUCACAACGUGUGGGAGCAGACCCGGGCACGGCAGCUGGACGCCCUCAGAACCAUUACCGGCCUUAUUCGGAAGUAUCUGGGUCCAGUACCCGUAUACCCAGCUGUGGGAAACCACGAGAGCGCCCCCGUCAACAGCUUCCCACCCCCCUCCGUUUUUGGGAACCUUUCCAACAGCUGGCUCUACCACGCCAUGGCACAGGAAUGGGAAGGCUGGCUGCCAGCCCCUGCGCUGCAGACCCUCAGGACUGCUGGCUUUUACACCACCAGGAUAGCGCCCGGCUUGCGCUUGGUAUCGCUCAAUAUGAACUUCUGUGCCGUGGAGAAUUUCUGGCUUAUGAUCAAUUAUACGGACCCCGCAGGACAACUGCAGUGGUUGGUGGGGGUCCUGCAGGAUGCCGAGAACAACCACGAGAAGGUGCACAUCAUCGGUCACAUCCCCCCGGGGCACUGCCUGAGGAGCUGGAGCUGGAAUUACUACCGGAUCGUUAACAGGUACGAGGGCACCAUCGCUGCUCAGUUCUUUGGACACACGCACCUGGAUGAGUUUGAGAUCUUCUAUGAUGAGGAGACGUUGUCCCGGCCGCUGUCUGUAGCCUUCAUCGCACCCAGUGUCACCACCUUCAUCGGCCUGAACCCAGGCUUUCGUGUGUACCAAGUGGAUGGUGAGUACCCUGGUAGCUCCCACGUGGUGUUAGACCAUGAGACAUAUAUACUGAACCUGACGGAAGCCAACAAGGAGCUGAACAAGACCCCGACCUGGAGCCUCUUGUACAGCGCACUCAGCACCUAUGGGAUGAAAUCAGCUUAUCCAUCUGACUGGGACGAGCUGGUACAGAGGUUUUUACAGGACGAUCGACUGUUCCAGACCUUCUGGUUUCUUCACCACAAGGGCCAUGUGGACGAGGUCUGCCAGGACCUCUGUAAGACAAGCCUUCUAUGUGCCCUGCGUACAGGGAGGUCCUAUGACCUGCAGCUGUGCAAAGAUCUGGACCUCCAUGGAAAACCGCCCCAGAAAAGGAAAUCUCUCUGCUGAAUGGUCACUUUAUCCUAGUGAUCUGCUAAAUCCUUUCAGGAACGCCCAGGGCAGAGUCUGUGACCAAAUGUCUCCUCUGAUCCCCUGCUCCACAAUGGAGAAUAACAGACGAGGAAAUCUGAAUUAUUAAUUUAUUGCCUUGAGAAAUCUGCUUUAUAAUGGCGGCACAGAAUGGAGCCCUGAAAUAUGCUGGACAAGGAGCGGGACUGCAGCGAGGUCUGAGCGUAUCUCAGGAGGCUUCAUGGACAACCUCAGAUUGUGUGGACACAUCAGUGGAGCUCUUGAUAGACUGAGUCUCCAGGUGGAUGGGAUCACCCCACACAACACCC